AUGGCUGAGCGGCUAGAAAGCAGCCAAUGGGGGAAAGCAAGCAAGGCAAGUGGGGAUGUAUCACAGAACGUCCAUGCUGUACGAACAAUUGACCAUAUGGUUCUUAAUAUUAGAUUCAAAAAUGAGCUGGGUUUUUAUCCCUAUGGAUUUAUCAACACCUCUCUGCAAUCCCUUGUGAUAGAGAAAUAUGGUGAAGAGACAUGGGAGCAAUUGAAAGCAUGUGCUGAGAUCCAAGAUACCUUCAUGACUUACACAGUGUAUGAUGACCUAAUCACCAUUAAACUGAUCCAAGAAGCCUGCAAACUUUUGGGUAUCUCCAAAGAAGCGAUUCUGAAACUCUUUGGUGAGCACUUCUUCAAGUUCUGCAAGAUGUCUGGCUAUGACAGGAUGUUACGGACCCUGGGAGGAAAUUUGAUGGAGUUCAUUGAAAACUUAGAUGCCCUUCACAGUUACCUUGCUCUCUCCUAUCAGGCAAUGAAUGCUCCGUCAUUUCGUGUGGAGAAAGGGUCAGACGGGAUAAUCCUCCUUCACUAUUACUCUGAUCGGAGCGGGCUCUGUCACAUCGUGCCAGGUAUCAUAGAGGCUGUUGCUAAAGACUUCUUUGACACUGAUGUGACCAUGGAUAUUCUUGAUAAAAGUGAAGAAGAGGAAAGGACCGGGAAGAAGGAGCAUGUCGUGUUUCUUGUUCAUCAGAAAGCUCGGGGAGGGAAGAGAAGAGAAAAGCAGAAAAUAUCUCCAAACGGCCAAGACCACCAGAAGGACCAAGAGGCACUGGAAACUGCUUUGCAGAAAAUGAAGGAGAAAUAUUUGACCCUAGCCCAUUGCCCAGCGAAGAAAUCCUGCUGGGACACUGUGAGAAGUGUUGUCAUAUUUGGAAAAGGGAAUCUACUGAGGACUUUUGAACCAGUUUAUCCAGAAAGGCUUUGGGUGGAAGAGGGAAUAUUCUGCAAUGCUUUUCCUUUCCACCUCGUGUUUGAUGAAGCACUUAGGGUCAAACAAGCGGGAGUGAACAUCCAAAAAUACGUCCCAGGACUCCAAACCCAGGACAUUCGGGUAGACCAGUAUUUCUCCAUCAUCCACCCCCAAGUCCCCUUCACUAUUGUCAGCAUCUGCAAAUUCAUCAAUAGUCCAUUUGUGCUUGGAACACGAAGAGAAAUGAUGCCAGAAGCAUGGAAAAACCAACCUUCCCUCAAACUCAGAGGCCAGAUGAUGUGGAUGGAAUCCAUGCGUUGCAUGAUCUAUCUGUGCUCCCCCAAGCUCCGCAGCCUGCAGGAACUGGAGGAACGGAAGAUGCACAUUUCCGACAUCGCCCGGCAUGACACCACCAGGGACCUCAUCCUCCUGAACCAGCAGAGGCUGGCCGAGAUAGAGCUGUCCAACCAGCUGGAGAGGAAGAAGGAGGAGCUCCGGGUCCUUUCCAAACACCUAGCCCUGGAGAAGAAGAAAACAGAGACAUUGCUGUAUGCCAUGCUUCCCAAACACGUAGCCAAUCAGCUGAAAGAAGGCAAAAGGGUAGCAGCAGGGGAAUUUAAAACCUGCACGAUUCUUUUCAGUGAUGUAGUGACUUUUACCAACAUAUGUGCUGCCUGUGAGCCCAUCCAAAUAGUAGAUAUGCUGAAUGCCAUGUACUCGAGUUUUGACCGGCUAACCAAUGUUCACGAUGUCUACAAAGUGGAAACAAUAGGCGAUGCCUACAUGGUGGUAGGAGGUGUGCCAGUGCCUAGGGCAAGCCAUGCUCAGAGAGUGGCCAAUUUUGCCCUGGGAAUGCAAAUUUCUGCAAGAGACGUGAUGAAUCCUGUCACCAGAGAGCCCAUUCAGAUAAGGGUGGGGAUCCACACAGGACCAGUGUUGGCCGGAGUAGUUGGUGACAAGAUGCCCCGCUACUGCUUGUUUGGUGACACUGUGAACACAGCUUCCAGGAUGGAAAGUCACGGGCUUCCCAGUAAAGUGCACCUCAGUCCAACUGCAUGCCGAGCCUUAGAAAACCAAGGAUUUGAGAUCAUUGAAAGGGGAGAAAUUGACGUGAAAGGCAAAGGAAAAAUGACCACAUAUUUUCUACUCCGGAAUUUGUAUGCUACAGAGAAUGAGAUCAUGGGGAGGGCAGAAAAUUCUUCUGAUAAUAAAGAGGGCAUUAAGACCUCGCCACAGAAAACUGCCUCAGAACACGUUUACGACAUCACUGAUGACUGCAGAGUUGCCAGUGGAAGUCGCUCCCCAGUUGCUUCCUGUGGCUCUGCAGUCCUGCCUACAAUUUCCCCGCACCCUCUCUCCCCCCUCCCUUUAGCAGAAGCACAUGCUCUGGGAAAUCAAGACCACAAGAGAGUUGCUGUUAUGAAGUACGCUGACAGCCAGCAGCUGCUCCCCAGCAGUGAUAUAGCAUGUGCCUCUGACAGAUCAACAAGUGAGGGCAGUCAAGUCAAUGAAAAGACCUGGAAGGAGAAGACUGAUGCACACCAGUCUUCUGAUCAGACAAAGACAAAUCUCUUUACUGAUGACAACAUGCAGUCGAGUUUAUGUUCUUUGUUGUAAUUGUAUUUGGGCUAUUUUCACCUGUCACUUUCUUCAUGUGUUCUACAGAAAUGAAGCUUGGGAAGACAGAAUUCAUUGUUGUCAAAAGCGGACACUAGUCUUUGUGUUCAGAGUUUAAAACUGUACUCCAAACCUUUGCUCCAAUUCCAUUCACUAGAUUGGAAGUUUCCCACUAGACUGCAAAUUUCUUGAAGGGAGGGAUCAUGUCUACCAUUCUAUUGCACUCUUCCAAUAGCCUAGUAUUAUGCUGUGCACACCCUAGACUGUAAGCUCCUUGAGGGCAGGGAUCGUGUCUACUAUCAUAUUGUGUUUU